UAUAUACGUACAUAUAAUAUUUUUAUAUGUUGUCCUGGAAGUGGUGGAAAACUGGAAAAUGAAGAAGAAAACCUUCUAAAGGAGCACGUACACAAUUCCAAAGGCAAUUCAAAGUCUCAAUCUUUGAAUCCAUCAAACCACUCAUGCCUUUGAACCAAGAAGGAAUAAAAAAAGGCAAAAAAUUAAAAAAAAAAACAAAUAAAAUAAGACGUUGAAUCCCCUGUUUGCUCUUCGCCUCUUCUAAUCAAAACUUUCUCUCACGUUGAUUUUACGACAUAGAAUUCAUCCAAAGACUUUCCUUUUCGUCACUUUUUCGCCCUUCUCCAUUUCUAACACGUAUUUGAAAAUCCACAAGAGCCAUUUUUUGCUUCCAUACUUGAUAUAUCUAUCUAUGUAUAUGUAUAUAUAACAAACAGAAAGCCACUUAACUCGGCAAUCGACAUCCUGUACAUUGUUGAGUACUCAUAAUUCUUUUCACCUUUUAAACACCUUUUUUGAACAGACAUAAAAAAAAAAGUAGAGAUUUCAAUCACACCAAACCAAUCCAAGCUAAGAUUCUCAGAAGCAAUGACCGUCGCAAACGGUUCGGACAAUUCCAACGCAAAUAAUUUCUCCCGUUUGCAGCAUCACAAGCCACAGAAAGUGAUGCUUGAGACCAAUCUUUCAUUCAAGAGUCUUGUUGUUGUCCAAGACACGCAGACUUUGACCGCGGAAGAUGAUCAUGUUUUGGUUGGCAAGAACCAUAUUAAGCACAAACCAAUACCUGCUCUUUCUUUGCCUGAGCCUGCAAUCAUGUUCUCGCCUAGACCGGUUUGCGAGCUCGACGCCGCCGCGAUUAAGCUUCAGAAAGUGUACAAAAGUUACAGGACUAGAAGGAACCUGGCGGAUUGUGCAGUUGUCGUUGAGGAGCUCUGGUGGAAAGCGUUAGACUUUGCGUCUCUAAAGAGGAGUUCUGUGUCCUUCUUUAAUAUUGAGAAGCAAGAAACUGUGGCUCAAAGAUGGGCUAGGGCUAGGACUAGAGCAGCAAAGGUGGGAAAGGGUUUGUCCAAGGAUGAGAAAGCACAAAAAUUAGCCCUCCAACAUUGGCUUGAAGCUAUUGAUCCACGGCACCGUUAUGGACACAAUUUGCACUUGUACUAUGAUAUAUGGUUUGAAAGUGAGAGUACUCAACCUUUCUUCUAUUGGCUUGAUUGUGGAAAUGGGAAAGAGAUAAAUGUUGAGAAAUGCCCAAGAACUCUUCUCCAACGCCAAUGCAUCACGUAUCUCGGACCGAAAGAAAGAGAAGCGUAUGAAGUAAAAGUGAUGGAUGGGAAACUAGUGUAUUGGCAAAGUGGGACCCCUGUGGACACCAUUGAGGGCUCCAAGUGGAUUUUUGUAUUAAGUACCACAAGGGCUCUCUAUGUGGGUCAGAAGAAGAAAGGCAGAUUUCAGCAUUCAAGUUUCCUAGCUGGGGGUGCCACCACAGCCGCCGGGAGAUUAGUUGCCCAUGAUGGGGUUCUUGAGGCAAUUUGGCCAUAUAGUGGUCAUUAUCACCCAACAGAAGAGCACUUUAGGGAAUUCAUUAGCUUCCUUGAGGAGAAUAAUGUGGACCUCUCCAAUGUCAAGAGGUGUGCAAUUGAUGAUGACUAUCCUUCAUUCAAGGUCACCAACGUGGCAGAGCAAUCAGGGUCAACGAAAUCUCCUAAGCAAUCACGUGGUGUGAAUAGAAUUGAUGUGGCUGCCAAGGAGAGCACGAUCACGACCGUUGAACAAGAUGAAAAUAAGAAGGUUGACUCUUUCAACGCGAGGCCACCAAUCUUUGACUUCAGCCAACGCCUCUCGUGCAAAUGGACCACUGGGGCUGGGCCACGUAUUGGGUGUGUCCGGGACUACCCAACAGAGCUACAAUCUAGAGCACUGGAACAAGUCAACUUGUCUCCUAGGCUGGCUGCUGGCCCAUUGUUCAGUUAUGGCCCAAUACCUUCUCCACGACCCAGCCCAAAAGUUAGGUUGUCUCCGAGGCUUGCGUACAUGGGCCUUCCCAGUCCAAGAACCCCCAUUGCUUUAUCUAGCUAGACCUGUAUUCGGCCAAGGGAAUGUGGCCCAUAUAGUUUGGGUCGAAAAUGGAAAAGCCCACAAGUGUAGCGGCUUUUUCUCUGACAAAAAUAAGGAGAGAGCUAUCCCCAUUUUUUUCGUAUCUUCUUAGAAGUUUCUUUUUUUCCUUUGAUUCUUUCAAAUUUGUUAUCUCAAUUCAAAUUAUUAUUUUAUUUGUCAUUUUUUUUCUUUGUUAAUAAUAGCAGGAAUGAGCUAAUAGAUUUGUUCUUCUG